AUGGACGGUAAUUUAUCUUCCGUUCCACCAAGUGGUAUCGAUAUAAAUAGUAUUGGUUAUUGCGCUGCAAUUAAUAAUGACACAACAUCUGCUGAUGUAUCUGCUUAUAAAGACGCAGAAGAUGCUACUAAUGAAAAUGAUUCAUCAAAGUCGACAAAUUCGUGUGAAUAUGGUAUUGAUAAUGCUAUAAAUGAUGAAAAGCUUGCUAUUUUUACGCAAUUGCAAUCGGAGCUCUCUAAAUUGGAGCACUUACAAGAUAUAUUCCAGAAAAUGUAUUUGAAAGUUUUAUUUAAUGCCGUUGGAAAUAAUAAGUUGAAAGCUGAAUAUGUAACACUUUAUCGGUUAUUGUGCGGAUUAAAGAUUUACAAGAAGGAUGGAGAUGAGAACAAAAGAAUUUACUCUCCCAUAAGAUCGGCUAAUUAUUAUUACCAAUUGUUUAGGCACUUAUCCCAACUUUACAGAUUAUCUGAAUUCUUAAAACUGGUUUUCAUGCUAUUCAUUUUGAAUGUACCGGUCGAAGUGCUUUAUUUUGCCAUAUUUUCCUACUGUGGUUAUUGUGCCAUCUUAUCACUUUCAUUGUACCAUUCACUGUCGGAUCGUCUAACUUUCGUAUAUGGUACAAUUAAAAGGAUUGUUAAUUAUAUAAAAAUUUUGUUAUCUUACAAUCGUAACCAUUCUAGGCAAUACGCCAAUCAAUACAGCAUAAUAAAUGAUGAUUCGACUAAUUUACAUGAUCAAGAUAGUGAUGUAGAUGGUACUGUUACUAGUGGUAAUACUACAAAUACUAAUGGUGUCACUAGUGACAAUGAUAUUGUAAAUGGUCAAACAAGUAGUGAAUUCUUGUAUGAUGCUUCAAUUGUCAAUUCAUCAUCUGAUAGUAUAACUGGAAUAACUGGCAUGCCUGUUAUGGACAAUGUUGUUGAACUCAGAGAACUUUUGGAUUUUCAAUCUCCAGAAAAUUCGGGUUUAAGGAAUCGAUUUCAACAAUUUAAUCCAGGAAAUACCGAAAAUCAAACUCAACCCGUUAGACAAAUCAGGGAUAGGAGUUACGUUGAAAAGUUUUGCUACCAGCUUUUUUUCUCAUUUUUUAUGAGUUUGAUCCCUUGGUGGACUCCUAAUCCAGAGUAUUUGUAG